AUGGAUAUGGAUAGCAGCAUGUCUGGAGGCCCCGGCCUCACGGACGCCGGGCUUGAUAUGUCAAAUUCCACUGUGGCCGCUGACUUCCUAGCUGCGCUUCUCGAUGACUCCACGUUGCAACAGACCGAUUAUGCUAUCGCGAGGGCAUUUUGGUACGGAAUCGUGAUUGUCAUCGUGCUGGCAGGUAUUAUCAACUGGACUCAAUGGGGCCUGCUGAAGUUACGAUUACGAGCGGCCGCCGCAAAUCGUCCCCGGCCGACAAGUCCUUCAAACAUAGUCACUUCAUUCCUCGCUGGCUGUACUGCUGUAGUUCGAGAGAUUGCAUACCAUCAGAUUGCUCCCGCUAGAUCCUGGCUGCGGAUACCAACAGUCGGAUCAAUCAUGUUAAUUUUGAUAUAUUUUGGGUACAUCAUGGGACUUCAGUUCUUUGAUUGGGACUAUCCCGGUGCACAAUAUUGGCAGGCACAAGGUCUCCGGGCAGGUUGGCUCACGAUAGCCCAGUUCCCACUCCUCCUGCUCCUGGCUGGCAAAAGGAAUUUGAUUGGGUAUGCAGUCGGGGUUUCGUACGAACGACUACAAAUCCUGCACCGUUGGGUCGCAAGGGUCAUGCUGCUCACUGCUACCAUCCACGGUGGUGUUCAAGCCUAUGGCUGGAAUAAGUAUGGGGUCAUGAAUCUUGAGAUUGACACUGAUAGCUGUAUCCCCACUGGCUUUUCUACUUGGAUGAUCUUGCUUUGGCUCGUCUUUUCCGCAACAGCCCCGAUUCGAAAUUGGCGCUACGAGGUAUUCUUGAUUCAACAUAUCAUCACUUUCAUUGGACUUGUCGUUGCUAUCUUUUUCCACUUGCCUUCAACCGCCCUCAGCUCAAGUCACCUCUUCACGAAUUACACAAUGGAGCCCGGGCAGCAUGUCUUCUUAUCUCUUCCCAGCUUGGGUCUGGGUCAAUCCCAUCCCGCAACAAUUCUCUCCAUUUCCUCGUCUCACGAAAACAAAUUGGUCUUCAUCUUGCGAGCACAUAGGGGCUUCACUCAGCGAUUGCUUCAAUCCGCUAAAUCGUCCUCUACGGAUCUCUCAUCAGCGGUCAGAGACAAAGAAGGGGCCAUUGGGCAAAACACUCAGGAAAUCAAAGAAGAGGAAUUUGUUUCCCUUCUUAGUGGUCCAUAUGGGGGAUCGCAUUCCGACUUUGCGGCUUUUGACACCGUCUUUCUCAUCGCAGGAUCUACCGGUGUUACAUUCACGCUACCAAUUCUUCUCGAUAUUGCGGCACGGUCGGCAAAUCAUAAGUUGCCAGUCCGCAAGGUGUUGACUCAGGGGAAAAAUCAACAAAGAAAGCAGGGUGCAAGUGCCAGAAUGUUGAAGGCCCGUGUUGCUGUUGUGAUCUGGACACCGGAAGUACCCAAGGCAGCUUUGAGUGAGGAUGCAGAUAUUGAAUCCAUUCGGAUUCGACAGGGUCAAGCAGAUACUGGCACACAAUUACCACUCGCCUACUGCACGAUAUCAUCCGGCCGGCCCGCGCUGAAAGUUCUUCUCUGGGAUUUACUGGAUCAUGCGCAGGGCGAAACUGGUGUCGCGGUGUGCGGACCUUCGGGACUAGUGAGCAACGUUCGAAACACGGUGGCCACUGUUAGUGAACAACGUGGAUCAAGCAAAGGGACAGGUGCUGAGGGCGUGUACCUACAUGCAGAAAGUUUCGCCUGGUGA